GAGCUCAGUUGCUGACUGACUGUCGCAAUGCCGAGAUUGCUAUUAGACAAGUGCACCUUUGAUUGCUCAGGAUUGCCCAGGGCAAUGCUGUCGACGCUGUUAUUAAUUAUAAUCGCACAUCUAAGCGAUAGCUCAACCAUCGGCGACUAUUGUGCGCCUUCGUUGUGCGAAUUCUACAAUGGCAGCCACAUUCUGCAGGAGAUAAACACGGCGUGUGGGAACAAUGGCAGCUUUGGCGAGGAUUGUGGACCCAAGCCCAAGCUGCUCUACAUGAGUCCGCGACGCCGUCAACUGUUGCUGGACAUGCAUAAUCUGGUGCGUGACAAAGUCGCCGAAGGAGGCGUCGAAGGAUAUGCUUCAGCUUCGCAGAUGCCCAUGCUCAAGUGGGACGAGGAACUGGAGCACAUGGCCGAGCUGCAUGCGAAGCGUUGUCGGUUUGCCCAUGACAAGUGCCGGAAUACGCCGCGCUUCAAGUUUAGUGGACAGAAUAUUGGCUACUUUUGGAUUGGACGCGAUUUCAAGUCGCAUUCCCGUCGCAUGAAGACCUUCGUUUUGGACUGGUUCAGAGAGUACAAAGAUGCCAAUCAAAGCUACAUCGACAGCUACCACUCGCAUCCGGAAGGCAAAAAGAUUGGACACUUCACCAUGCUAGUUGGGGAUCAAGUGCGUCGCGUCGGUUGUGCUGGGGUCAAAUUCCUGGAGCCCGACGAGAAUAAAUUCCUGUUCAUGUUGACCUGCAACUACGACUACAACAAUAUCUAUAACGAGCCCAUCUAUGAGACGGGUCCAACAGCUUCCAAGUGUGUGGAUCCUGUUAGCAAAAAGUAUCCUGCACUUUGUGAUUGGCGAGUUCCAGAGGAACAGAUUAAGGACGACGGCAACACACUGGACAACAAUAUAGCUGUCUGAACAAAGGGCAGAGUGUGAGAAAGUUCAAAUUCAAGUGAAAAGUUAUUUGAGAGUGUUUUAUGUGGUCUACAGCAUUAAGUGAAUAAUAAUAGUAAUAUAUUUAGGAAAAAGUGAACAAGUGCAGAGUGAAUGGGAUUUUGUUUUGUAUUAAACUUUAAUUGAUAGAAAUAUUUCAUUAUUGAGGGUGCAUUUAAGACAAAGAAUAUUAAUUUUCCAUCAAUGAUUGUCAUUAUGAAACAUUGAUUUUAAAUUGGGUACAGAAUAUCAACAAUAUAUCAACAGCAUAGCUGUAAAAUUAGUUCUUAAAUGUAGAAGAAUUUAUGGCUACAUUUUUAAGAAGACCCGCACCUCUUUCUUUUACAAAAAGAAAACAUUAUAAAACAGACUUUUACACAUAUGUUAAUUUUGAUUCCGUUUCAAAGUAUAUUGCGAUGAGUUUGUAAUAGAACAUUAGCAGAACGAGUUUUCGACUAGCCGGCGAAUAACUAAAACAAAAAACCACAUCUACAAAACCAGACUUGACGCGAAUUCAAAGCUGCUAUCUGUAAGCGCGUAACAAUAAAGAUUAAGAUAUAUAUACAAUAUAUAUGUAAAAAAAUACAUAUAUGCUACAUAUGUGUUAUGUGUUCAUUUCCGUGAGCGAUGACGCAACUGAAACAACGCACUGAAUGCUGAAAAGAAAUUCAUUUUGAGUAUGUUUCGUUUUUAUUUUUUUUGUAUUUUUGUUGAAGCCCCGCAGCAGCAUUUGCUGGAUUACUAUCCAAAUGUUUGUGGCUCUAGUAAAUGCCGAAAACUGCGAGAAACCCAUCUGAAACAGGUAACAACAACUGGUAGCUAAAAACAUAGCCAACAGCUGCCCAAAAGGAUGUCCAUCUACCUGGUCCACAGAAUUCACUAAAAACUAAAAAUGAAACAUAGACAAGGGCAGGUGAGGUCGGAGAGAACAGUUACCAAGAGCAGCUGUAGAUAAGCAUAGAUAAAUAAAUUCAGUUAAUUUCUUUUUGGGCGCGUCGGAGCAUCGUGUCCAGGAACUAGUUCAAGGAUAGAAAUGAAUGAAAGAUGAUGGACACUGUGUAAAAGAAAUAAAAACAGGCUUAAGAGAAUUCUUUUUAAAAAGCUCUAUAGAAAACUCAUCGAAUAGGCAAAAACCACUCUACACCAUCAGCUAAAUGAAUUGAAAACAUUUUCACAAACGACCAAAUCAAAUUUGAAUUCAUUUUCAAUUUUUUCGUUUUAUGUUGAAAUCGAAAAUCAAAUAUCUUGCAUUGAACUGAAACGGAAGCACAUAUAGAGGCAAAACAAAUAAGAAUUUAGGGGAAUUGAGAAGUCGCAAUUUAGAUGCUCUAUACGGUGAAACAUUUAAAAUAUAUUAAACUUAUAAGAAUUUAUAUUAUUAUUGAAAAUUAUAAAUUAGGUAAA